AUGGCGAUCCCCAACUACACCUACCUCAAAAUGAAGAUGCCUGGACCGAAGGGCGUCAUCACCACCGGCUCCUCGUUUGAGCACGCCUACGAGUGCGACGUCGAGUGUGUCGAGCAUGCCGAGGCUCUGGCGCUCGACGAAGCCCUUGCCGCACAGCAGAAAGGAAUGGCCGAGGAGGCCAUAGACUCCAAGCAGUGGCAUGUGGGCAACUUCAAGCCUGCCGAAGGUACCAAAGACAUCCCCCUCGACCCAAAGACCCCCGACGGCAAGGCACUGAAGAUCAGCGCUACCCUCGACAGCAAAUAG